AUGGAUGACGACCUACCACAGGGGACAACAGGCGGGUAUGCGCCCAGCGGUACAGAGCGGCCUACUCACAAGAAGUGCUCAAUCGCAUUGAUCCGCGCAUGCACCACCUCCAAGUGCAGACAUUCCUUUCCUCAGGACGGCCCUUCGCACGCCGCACACUUCUCUUUCGUACCUGGGCCUGGCAGGCACUUCCUCCGCUACCGCAACGCCUUCAUCCUCGUCGAUCGCCAGCGCGAACGGAACACUAUCAGCGUCAAAGAUGGCGUCCCCUUCGAGACCAUCAGCCUUACCACCCUUUACUCGCACCGAAAUGUCUUUGAGGACAUCUUCGCCGAGGCACAUAAGCUGUACCAGCAGUCGCAGGAAGGCAAGACGAUGAUAUACAACUCAAUGGGCACUAUGUGGCAGCAGUUUGGAGAGGCAAAGCGAAAGCGGCCCCUUGACUCUGUAGUCCUUGAGCGCGGUGUCAAGGAGAGAAUUGUCGAGGAUAUGGAGGCAUUCAUCUCCUCGCGAACCUGGUAUCUCGACCGUGGCAUACCGUACCGGAGGGGCUAUUUGCUCUAUGGACCUCCUGGUACAGGCAAGAGCUCAUUCAUACAGGCUGUGGCCGGUCACCUCGACUUCAACAUCGCUAUACUGAACGUCAGCGAGCGAGGGCUCACGGAUGACCGCCUGAACCAUCUGUUGACCAAGGUCCCGCGCAGGACGGUUGUUUUGCUCGAGGACGUGGAUGUAGCGUUCAUGAACCGCAAGGAGCCUGGGUCCGAUGGUUAUGCGAGUGCUUCCGUGACCUUCUCGGGCUUGCUCAAUGCCCUUGACGGUGUAGCUAGCGCCGAGGAGCGCAUCAUUUUCCUCACCACAAAUCAUGUUGAGAGACUAGACGAAGCACUUAUUCGACCCGGGCGCGUUGACAUGACUGUUCGCCUCGGCGAGGCGACAGAGUACCAGAUCGAGCAGCUCUGGGAACGCUUCUACGGUGAGUUUGACAGAAGCGGUGAAGCGAAGCGCAGGUUUCUAGCGCGGGUCAAGGAGCUGGGCCUCGUCGACUCGAUUAGUACCGCAGCCCUACAAGGUUUAUUUCUGUAUAACAAAGAUGAUGCUGAAGGCGCCAUUACGAUGGUUGAAGGGCUCACCGCUGGGCAGAAGAAGGGCAUUCCUGGGCACGUGGAUAUGUAG